UUUUUCCUGCGGAGAUUCAACGCGUUUUUUUCGGACCACCCGGAUGCCAAGCGGUGCCCGUCGGAUCCCAGCUGCUGGCCACGUCGACCACGAUCUGCCCUUAGCACUUACUCGAGCAGUGCUCAAUCAACGUCAACUGGAGUUUCCUGUGCUGCAAGGGCGGAAGUAUCAUCUGCUGCAAAAUCUGUCUGACGGCCUACCCCCUCGUGUGCCUCCAGUUCAACCCGCCGGAAGGUCGCUUCAUCUGCGGAGAGUUCGAAUCCGGCCGACUGCACCUGUACGAUGAGAUCGUCUGGGCCAAAUAUUCCAUGAUAAAAUUCUGGCCUGCGCUCACGAUGCCUCCGCCAGCGGUCCCAGACUUAGUGUUCCGGCGGAAACACGAGCAAACGGACAUUUACGUGCACUUCUUCGACACGCACGACUUUGGGCGUAUUAACCGGAGGUGAAUCUACAAAUUACGUCUUGGAAUCGCCGAUGUACGUGAUGAUCAAGUCCAACAAGUAUGUUGCUUCGCUGAGAGAGCAAAACGCGGCCGGAGACGAGGAGGAGGAUUCAAUCUGUGAGUGCAAAUCGUCGAACACGGACCAGUGCGGGCUAGACUCGAACUGCAUCAACCGGGCGCUGCUCGUGAAGGGCAAUCCGAAGAUUUGUCCAGCUGGCGAAAGUUGCCAGAACCAGUGCUUAAAACGGGAGCAGUACCCGGCACUGGCGGCCCAAUGGAUACCCAACAAGCGGGGUCUGGUCGUAUAGAAGGACAUCCACCAUGGUCAGUUUGUGAUCGAGUACGAGAAGUCAUCAACAACAAGGAGUUGGCGCGGCGGAUAAAGCAAAAGCAGGAGCAAAAGAACAAAAAUGUCAACUUUCUGACGGUGGACUCGAAGCUGACGAUCGACGCGGGGCCCAAUUGGAACUUGGCCCAGUUCAUCAACCACUCGUGCAAGCCCAACUGCGAGAUGCUGAUGUGGAAGGUCGGCGGAAGCUAAUCCGUGGGGCUGUUUGCCCUCAAGGAUCUCAAGGCGAGCUCACCUUCAACUACAACUUUGAGACGUUUGGUGAUCAGAAGAAGAUCUGCCAAUGUUGUGCGAGCAAGUGUCCCGGACUAAUCGUCAGCCAAGGGAAGGAGAAUUGCAAUGAGGAGACCACAACGGUCUUGCGCGACUUGCAGGUGCAGAUUGCAACUUGGAUUACCUGCUCGAGUGCUCAAACGCUAAGAGUGACGACGACGGCGGCAACUACAGCACCUCCGCCAACCACGCCUGCGGCAAAGUACCAAGCAAAUAUUGCGAUAUUGACCACUCGAUGACGGACUCGAACUUGGUUGAAUACAGGACGAAAAUGGUCGUAAAAAUUCGGUGGAGGAGAUUUGGACCUGAUAGUGGAUAGUAAUGGCCACGGACAGUGACGUUCUGAUACGCCAGUUCUUAUUGAGUCAGUAUCAGCAGCUUUAUUUCGCCGGAGAAGCAGCUGAACCGGAACGGGAUCUCCUGAGACCGGAUUAAUAUUCUUGUCGGAAUCCGAUAGUGACACUUAGGUCCUGGCGGGUCUGACAUGUUUUAGUUCUAUUUAUUGUAUAAUCCAUGUGCCAUGUUCUUUUACAAUUCUAUAAUUAAAGAUGAUAAGGGGGUGAAGG